AGGGGCGGCGGCGGCGGGCGCGGAGCCGCGGACGGGCGCUGCCGGCGGGAGCGGCUGCAGUUACGAAGAUGAAGGUGCUGCUGUGCCCUGUUGCUCUCCUCUUCCUAAUGGCUGCUUUCAGUCUGGAGCUGUGUCAUGGUGCCAAGGUGCUGAUCAUGCCUACCAUAGUCUUUGACAGCCACUUGAGAGUCUUCAUGAGAGUGGCAGAGGCACUGACUGACCAGGGCCAUGACCCUGUGCUACUUCUUCAUGAGGGUCGGGAUGUGGAAACCUACCUGCCAGGCUUCCGCAUACAGAGGUACUGGGGCAUCUUCAGCAUGGAGAAUGCAGAUGCCUGGGUGCAGGAGAAGAUAAAGCGUGUCUUCCAAGGGAAGAUGACCUCUCUGGAGGUGUUCUCCUUUCUGGAGAAGUACCUGGAAAACUGUGACCUGGUUCUGGGAAAUUCUUCCCUUCUUCAGAAACUCCAGCAUGAGCACUUUGACCUGUUGUUGGUGGACCCCAAUGAGAUGUGUGGCUUUAUCCUGGCCCACCUCCUCCGUGUCAAAUAUGCUGUGAUCUCCACUGGUUUCUGGUUCCCAGCAGAGAUUGGUGCCACUUCCCCCAUUGCCUACGUCCCAGAGUUCAACUCCCUGAUGACAGACAAGAUGGCCUUCUUUGGCAGGACUUGGAAUCUUAUGGUCUACAUGAUCACUCGCGUGGCUACAAAGCUGGUCAUCCUGCCUAAGUUUGAACGCCUUAUGGAAAAACACAAGGUGGAGCCCAAGACAUCCAUGUUGGACCUUGUCCAUGGAACCAGCCUCUUCUUCCUCUGUAAUGAUGUGGUGCUGGACUUUCCCCGGCCAACGCUUCCCCAUAUCAUUUUCACAGGAGGGAUCCUUGCAGAGCCUGCAAAGCCCCUUCCAGUGGGUCUGCGUCUCUGGGUGGAAGCAGCAGAUGCAGGUGUUGUUGUUGUCUCCUUUGGCAUUGGGAUCCGAGCUCUCCCGAGUGACUUGGUGGAGAAGAUGGCUGGCGCGUUUGCUCGCCUACCACAGAGGGUCGUGUGGAGAUACUUUGGACAGAAGCCAAACAAACUGGGCGAGAAUACGCUGAUGAUGGAGUGGUUGCCCCAGAACGACCUGCUAGGCCAUCCCAACAUAAAAGCUUUUGUCAGCCACUGCGGGAUGAAUGGCAUAUUUGAGGCAAUUUAUCAUGGUGUACCCGUGGUGGGAUUUCCUUUCUACGGGGACCAGUUUGACAUCAUGACCAGAGUGCAGGCGAAGGGCAUGGGUAUCCUCAUGGACUGGAACAGAGUAAGAGAAGAGGAUCUUUACCAGGCUAUCGUCACUGUUAUCUCUGAUCCCAGCUACAGAAAAGCAGCCAAGUUCAUUUCAGCUCUGCACCUCGACACACCAAUGCACGCUCUUAAUCGGACAGUGUACUGGCUGGAGUACCUCCUUCGUCACGAUGGGGCGCCGUAUCUUCGGCCUGCUGUCUACGAUCUGUCGUUAUAUGAGUACUUCUGCCUGGACAUCUUGGCCCUUCUCUUAUUAUGUUUGGCUGGCAUUGGCUUCAUCCUCUACAAAGCUGUGGUGUGGUGCAGAAGGAAGGGGGCCAGCCCUGUGUAUCAGAAUGGCAACUGCAUGAAAGGGCACUUCACAGAAGAGAAGAAAUUGCAAUAG